UCCCAAAUCCUCACCUCCACUCACGAAUUCAAGCAACUCCAAGAAACGCACGCGCUCGUCCACGCCCAACUCCUCAACUCUGUCAGCAAUGUCGAGUUCCAGCAACUCCAGGAAGCAAACAAGUCACUGGAGACCCAGCUUGCGUCAAAGCUCGUCGACAUUGACGCCGCUCGCUUGCGGCUGAUGCAGGCCGGAGAAUCCAUCCGCGCCACACAAAGCCGCCAUGCCCAGCUUCAGCAGGUCUCUUCGCAGGCGCUCUCCGACUCUGCACAAAAGCAGCGCCAGCUCGAAGCCCAAGUGCAGCAGCUGCAAGCGCAGCUCCUGUCUGCAACGCAGGAGAUGGCCACCAAAGAGGCAGAGUUGGAGGCCGUCCGAGUUGAGCUCUUUGCGGCGCAGUUGGCUGGUCGCCCGGGCACUCAACCAGCGCAGAGCGUCUCGGCCGCGGCGUUUGCCGAAAUGGAGGCUGCAGAGGCUGAGGCCGCGGCCAACAGGGUUGAGACUCCGCAGCUGCCCAUGCAUUUCGUCCUGGAACUCACCGGCAACUUUACGCCUCUGGCAUGCCUUGGCUCUGGUCGCACUGGCGCCUACUACCAGUGCAUGAUGGGCGAUCAGCUGGUGGCCGUCAAGAGGCUCCUGCCGCAAGAGUCCGCCGAUCCCACCCAGUUCCGCUCGGAAAUCGAGCUCCUCGCCCGCCUGAGCCAUCCGAACGUGGUGCCCCUCUAUUUUUACGCCGAGGAAGGCAGCGACCGCUGUAUGGUGUUUGAGCACAUGAAGCAUGGAUCGGUGAGAGAUCGCCUGUCGCUCAAGAACAACACUCCUCCGCUGAGCUGGCAACAGCGUCAUGCCAUUGCUGUGGGCGUGGCAGAGGCAAUGCGGUUUGUGCAGCAAGCCAUCCCUCGCAGCCCCGUCUUCCAUCUCAACUUGAAGUCCUCCAAUGUGCUGCUCGACAACCAUUUUGUUGCAAAAAUCACCGACUUUGGCCUGUCCCGCUCGCCGCCCGUAGCCAGCAGCAAGCACAUCUUCCGCCAGGGCAUCCAGCACUCGAUGCAGUACCUCUGUCCCGAGUAUCGCGACGAAGGCAAGGUUUCCCUCAAGACGGACGUCUUUUCGUUCGGCAUGCUGCUGUUUGAGUUGCUGACGGGCCAAGAGCCCUCGCUCAACCUCCGAGGCAACGCCCGUCGCGAGAUUCGCAGAAAUCAACACGCUCGAGCCACCUUUGACACGACCAUUGCGUGGUCGGAAGCUUCCACCGCGCAAGCCGAGCAAGUGUGCAAUCUCGCCAUUGACUGCAUGGAAGAGGCGCGCAUGUAUCGGCCGUCCUUCACCGAUGCACUUGAAAUUCUCGGCGUUGCAGUGCCAGGACCCCCGCCUGCGGCCGACGAGAAUGACGGAGCUCGCGAGCGCGAGUGCCUGAUCUGCCUCUCGGCGCCCACCACUGCCAAGCUCAUGCCGUGCAGGCAUGCCUGUCUCUGCACCGAAUGCGCCACGACCCUCAUGCAACGGAACGAGCGCUGUCCUGUCUGUCGCGGGCACAUUGAGUCGUUCGAGACUGGCAACUUUUUGCAGACCUUUGUCGCUCAGCGCAGCUGA